CAAAUCAAAUUAUGACAUAAAUCAUUAGGUGUGUUGUGUAGUUGAUAUAAUCAACUUUAUAAUUCUUUCAUUUAUAUUGUCGCUAGAGUGUAUGUAGAUAAGAAUAGUUUUAAAAAUAAAUAAACCCGAAAAUAGUUUAUCCUCGUACAAUGAGUAAUGUAGAAUUAAAUAAGCCUCCAGAAAUAAAUGCUUCAAAUGGCGGUACUAAUCAAGAUAUUUCGAGAAAAGAAUGGGUGAAAUUUGAUGACGAUAGUGAACAAACAAACCUAAAUAUCCCUCUAGAAACUAAAGUAAUCACUGGAGCUGUUUCUACUUCAGUUCCAAGCACAUCAGAAGUCUCAAACCCUGAACCAGCAGCUGUUUUAAAAACUGAGACUGUACAGAUAAAUCUUGAACGCGGAGAUCGAAAUAUAGAUCCCGUGACUCACAGUACACUAUCUAAGAACGUAGAAUUUGUCAAUAUUCGUCAAGGAUUUACCAAUGGUGAAAUAAUCGUAACAUUACUGCCUGUCAAUACUAAAUGGCCAUGGGUGACUGCAGCACAUUUUCGUCCAGAAUUAGUGCCAGAAGAACUAAUGGCUCAAGGACUUACACUCACUGUUGAAGAAUAUGUUCAUGCAAUGGAGCUACUUGUUAAUGAUGCUCGUUUCACACUCUAUAAUAUUUGCUAUAAGAGAGUCCUUGUCUGUUGGAUAAGCCUUGCAUUUCUUGUACUACUAGCCCUACUGUUUUCUGGUUUAACAGGACUUUUUUUAUUUUCACUUGGAAUUUUAUGGCUUAUUCUGAAUGCAGCUGCAAUCUUUUUAUGUAUGUGGAUUAAAUUGAAACUUUCUAAAGGACUCGAACAGUGCUUAGCGACUGUAAAUAAAUUGCUCAAUAAACACAAAUUAGUAUUGGCUUUAGAUGACAGAGGAAAACUUUCAUGUCAUAAAGUUAAUUUAUGUUUUAUAUAUUUUGAUUCGGGACCUUGCAUUUCCCACAUACAACAUUUCAUUGAGAGUGAAGAAGGAAAAUCUAUUAUGCAAGGAUGGGAACAAAGGUUAGAUGUGCCAGCUAAUGACAUUGUUAUUCAAGGGACACAAUCAACAAGGCUAUCAAGAAAACAGGAAAGAGGUGCACUUCUAUAUUUGCGAUAUGUGGGUCGGUGGGGGGCAUAUGCUUUAAAAAAUAGACUGAAUCUUAGUACUACAGUGCCUGGGCGUCAUGGAGAGAAGUAUGUCUGCCCUUGUCAGUUUAUAGAAGAGCACCUACAAACGAAGCCGCCUGCGGGCAUCUCAAAAUUUUUCACAUUGCCCAAUCCGAAUGUGCAACUGUAUUAAUGCCUAAUAUCGGAGAUAUUAUAUUUCAUGUCCGUCCAUUUAAGAAUAGCCUAAUAAGAAGUAAUAAUGAGUAUACCCACUGUAUUUCUAUAUCAAUGUUCUUUUUAUACAUUCUUAACAAUACAUAUUUAUAUAUGUAAUACUUUUACUUCUACUAAUAUUUAUACAUUUUUAAGUAAGAAACAAAGUUUCAUUUUAUUUUCUAUCAAAUGCUAAGUGUCAUAGAUUAUAAUUUGUGGCCAUAUGCAUAAACGUAUUUAUCUUUUAUAGGAUUAAUAAAUUCAUUAUAUUUGUAACUUGCAUAAUUAAUUAAACUACAAUGUUUAAACUUCAGGUUGUUAUUAAUAGUUUAUAGAGUAACAAAUAAGUAAUAUAUUAAAUUAUUAUGUUCGAUUGUAUAGUAAAUUUACACCUCGGCGCCAAAAUAAACAAUAAAAUUUGUGAACAUUAUAUUAUAUACAUUGUAUAUUUCAAAAAUAUUUAUAAUGUUCAUUUAAAAGCUUUAAAAUUGGCAUCAUAUUAUGAUCAUAUCAAACUUCACAAUUUGUAAUUUAUGGUACCUACACUUUGCACACAAUUCUUGCUGCUUACAAUUGAAUAUAUCUUUUUAUAUGCUCAUUAUAGCAUAACACAAUAUCGUAUAUGAUUUUACGUCACGAUAUAACCGGAGAGCAAAAUAUAUGUAAUAGUUUAUGAUUUAAAUUUCCGUGCACGUCCGCAAUAUCUUAAUCCUGUUCUUGUCUACGUUACUAUUGCGAACAUUAAAACCAUCUCUAUGUCUUUGCAUAAUUAUUUUAUUAUAUGGUGAACAUAAAAUCGGACGAUAUUGGCUUAUUCUAUGGUAAGUUAUAAAAAGACCCAUUAUACAUUUCGACAUAAAAUGAUGGAAUCAAAAAAUAGUAAUCACGCGAAGUAGUGAUGAUUGAUACAAGUUCUUUGAAUCUAUUAUAAAAUGUUUACAUUAAUCAUCAAAAUAUAGAUUACAUAAUAUAUAAACACUACAUAUUAAUAACUAUCUCUAAUUUAUCACCAUUGUGUAUAAUUCAGAGGAAACUGAUAUUGGGAUGAAGUGGAAAAUAAUAUACUUUACACAUUAUUUCUAUACAGAAAUUGCGUUAGUGUAGGUAUAUAAUUACUAUAUAGGUACAAUUUGAGUAACAGUUCUAUGUAUGGUUGUGGAUAAUGUAUUUAGAAAGAACAUGUAAAGUUACAGGUGUAGAAUCUCUAAUGUAAAUUAUUUCAAAAUCACAUUAUUACACAACUAGUCAUAAGAGAUGUACAUUUAUAUAUACACAUAUUAUAAAUAUUUAUAUUUUUUAUUCUUUUUUAAAUGUGUUUAUAAUAAACCAAAGGGCUUAAUUAUUAUUGAACACUUUAAACGAUUUAAGCAGAGUACAUAAUUAAAAUAAACUUACUCCAUUUCAUAUACGACGCUAUUGCAAUAAUGUCAUGCAUUAUAUCUUACGGUAUGUGCAUAUAUAAAAGAUGAAAAUAAUCUAUUUUUAAUGAUUAUUCAAUUUGUAAACAACCUAUAAAUUUUACUUUGAAUUAUUUAUAUUUAAAUGUUUAAUUUUUAGUUAAUAUUUGUUUGGCCAUUUUUUGUCAAACAAGUCAUUAAAGAUUGCCAUAUCGUCGUAUAUGAAAUCGAGUUUAAAAAUAUAGAACAAUUUUAUACUAAAUUUAAUAAUUGAUCUGACAUUCUUUCACGUACUAUUAAGGUGAACGCGCACUUAUAUUGAAUCCCAUCUGUGUACCGAACACUAAAGCAUAUAAUUGAUAUCAGUCCUGAAUUAUCUAUAGGUAUAGGCAAUAUAAGUUACUAUUUAUGUACCCGGCGACACCAUGGAGCCCCUUUGCUCAUGUGAAAAAUUAGUGUUUUAGGAAAUGACAGAUUAUGCAUUAAUAUCAGACAAUAUAUUAUAUUAUUGUGUUAAAAACUAACAUAAAUUAUAAUGUAACUAUUCACUAAUAUCUAAGUAUCUAUAUACUUAUUUAGAAGUAGAGAGACUCGAGAUUAUUAUUGUCUAGGGGACUCCAUGUGGCUUAAAAUCAAGUGUACCUAUUAGCAAAAUAUUUAUUUUUUAUGUCUCAUCUAGGUAAACGUAUACGGUAUUAGAAAAUAUAAAUAUUAUGGUUAUUAUUGAAAACCGUAACAGUUUUAUAAUAUGUUGAUUAUAAUUUUACCAGUUACGGUCACAUUUCACAUUGUUGAUAUCCAGUUUCAAUAAAUAGGUAUAUUCAAGUGUGCAUUUACCUAGUUUCAGUUUUAAAUAUAAGUUUUAAGUUCACUUGAACAUUAUUGUACCAAGAAAUUGCACGAAUAAAAUGAGAUAUACAUACAAAUUUAUGUGUUACGUUUCGUCAAAAUAAAUAACUACUACAUUAUUAUUACAUUAGUUUACUGUGCAAAUGUAAGGCUUCGUUUUAACUUAUAAUGUAAUUCACCGUCAGAUUAUUUUGAUAUCUUGGGAGCUGACGUUGAUUGUAAUAGGUAAUUAUUUAACUGCUUAAAUUCUGUUCCACCAUAUCUAGAAAAACAAGUUAGUAUUAAUCUUUACUAUGUACAUUAUUAGCUUAUGACAUUGGACUAAAAUAUUAUUAAGUCAUUAAUAAUUACGUAUCACAACUAAAUUGGAUCGAUUGACUUCUAAGAUAUCAAUUUUGUCUGCGAUGCAUAUCACAUUAGAUAGGAAUUUAUGAAUUUACUGUACAUAAUAUACAUUCUUUAUAAUAUUUAGGUAUUUUGUGAAAUUAAUUAAAAUUCCAAUGUUGUGAUUCAAUAAUAACAUUCCGUCCAAAAGUAACUAAGUACUUAAUAGUUCAGUAGAAAAUGAUAUUUAAAUGUUUAUCACAUUUUACUUUGAUAAGUCUUGUUGAAAAUACAUAUUAUAUUUUAUAA